AUGAAUGAAAACGAAAAUGAACCUAAGAGAAAAAAAACCAAAACAUUGUAUUCAUACUUUAGUUCAAAUGUAACUACUUCUGCAAAUAUUUGCAUCAAUGAACAGGUCAGUACGAAUUUAGGGGCAACUAAUGAUAGACAUAGAGGCAGUAUUUCUGUUAACUCAGCGAGCAGAACAAAUAUAGAUGAACAUGUUACAGAACCAGAAUUGGUAUGA